GUCUGCCGUCUCGCUCUCAGUAAAGCGUGGCCACGCUACUAGAUCAGACGCACGUUCGAUCGUCACGCGCGUACAAUCCAUCGAACUAAAAGAAUCAAGCGAAAAUGAACUCAACGGAGAGAUCACAAAACUCCAUAAUGAAAAUCAGUGACGAACAGACUAUGAUGCUCUUAGAUCUGUAUGAGAAAGAGGAAUGCUUGUGGAACACGACCUUGGACGACUACAAGAAUAAGGAGAAGAGAGCGAGAGCAGCCGAGAAUAUAGCCCGGAGAUUGAACAUCAAAGAUUUUGAAGCCUACCACGUGAUCGCUAAGUUUAGAAAUAUAAGAAAUUCUUACUGCCAGGGAUUGAAAAAAUUAGCAACAGGUCAUAAUGGUAGAGGUGACUGUACCACAGCGUACAUCCCGAAAGCAGUGUGGUUUACAAAAAUUGAUUCCUUUCUGCGACCACACCUAUAUAAGAAUUUAAUACACUUUGCUAAUUCUCCAGUGGUUAUAAACAAUGAAGCGAUCUGCAAAGAGUUGAAAAAACGUUAUGACUACGACGAUUUCUCGUGGGCUAAUGAGAUAGAGGAAGAUUCAAUGCCUGUUCCGGAAUCAAAUAAUGACGAUAUAAGUGACUAUGAUGAUAACUCUGAAAAUUCUGUUGGAAAUGCAUCAAAAAGAAGUUUAGAUUCGAAUAUAUCAGAUAUAAUACACAUAGACGGAUUACCUUCUCAUUCUACUGACGUGAAUACUAAUGAUUCCUUCGAUACUUUUGGAAGAUACGUGGCUUCGCUAUUGAAAUCGAUGCCUCGGAAGAAAGCUAUAUCGCUGCAACCUAGAAUUGUGAAUCUUAUCACAUCUUCGAUUUUGAAUAACAAUGAUACUUCCUAGAUGUGAUUCUUCAUGGUGAUACAGUUUAAUAAACAAAGAUUUUAAAAAAAUAAUUUUAUCAUUCUGAGCAUCUGCGUGUAUGGCGCUCCUUCACCAUGCGUUUUUCCUUUAAACUUUUUGCUACACACAACCAUUGAGAAACCACCUUCUAGUAAUGGUAUUUCUGAACAGAUACGAUAUGGAAUCCUUCAAGAAAAGAGUUUAGUUUUUCUAAAAAGGCUUGGAACACACUUACAAUUCUUCUGGUGUUGUGGAUGCUCAUGGGCGGCGGUAAUCACUUACCAUCAGGUGAUCUGUAAAUUCGUUUAUCUCUAUUCAAUAAAAAAGAAACAUCGGUUCGUAAAGUUAGUACUGUACUCUUUUAGAUGGAGCUCAUACUACUUACAGCAGUUGUUUUAAAAUGUUAAUACAACACGACUGUUACUUUAGUGUGUUUGGUAUUGAUUUCAUGUGUUCCUCUAUUUCCUUCCAUAC